UACGUGCGCGCCCCCGGCCGGCUCUGGCCCUUCCUCUUCUGUCGCCGCUGAUGCUACUGAAGAUGGCGGCUCCGUGACCAGGGAGGAAACCGGCACCAAGGCUGGGAGAGAGCGCGCCUCGCCAGGACGUGUGUGGAAUGCCAUGGCCACCUCUUCUGAGAGCGAGGAUGACGCAUUCAUGGCCAUUGACGGAGAGGAUGCUGUAGACGGGACCAUGGAGCAGGAGGAAGAGCCACAGGCGACAGCUGAGGUGACCAAACACCACCGCUCAAUGUCUGAGCUGCCGGAGGAGGUCCUGGAAUACAUCCUGUCCUUCCUGUCUCCAUAUCAGGAACAUAAAACUGCAGCCCUAGUGUGUAAGCAGUGGUAUCGGCUCAUUAAAGGGGUCGCUCACCAGUGUUACCAUGGAUUCAUUAAAGCUGUCCACGAUGGAAAUAUUCAGUGGGAAAGCAGGACCUACCCCUACCCCGGGACCCCAAUUACUCAGCGCUUCUCACACAGUGCUUGUUACUACGACUCUAACCAGUCCAUGUACGUGUUUGGCGGGUGCACACAGAGUAGCUGUAACGCUGCCUUCAAUGACUUGUGGCGGCUGGACCUUAACAGCAAAGAAUGGAUCCGACCUCUGGCGUCAGGUUCCUAUCCCUCUCCAAAGGCAGGGGCCACACUUGUCGUAUACAAGGAGCUGCUAGUUCUGUUUGGUGGAUGGACGCGCCCUAGCCCGUAUCCCUUACAUCAGCCUGAACGCUUCUUUGAUGAGAUUCAUACAUACUCCCCAUCUAAAAACUGGUGGAACUGCAUUGUGACCACCCAUGGGCCUCCGCCGAUGGCUGGGCAUUCAUCCUGCGUUAUCGGUGAUAAGAUGAUCGUCUUCGGGGGAUCUCUUGGUUCUCGGCAAAUGAGCAAUGAUGUCUGGGUGCUCGACAUGGAGCAGUGGUCUUGGUCCAAACCAAACAUCUCCAGGCCUAGCCCCCACCCCCGAGGAGGACAGUCUCAGAUUAUCAUCGACAGCGAGACUAUCCUGAUCCUGGGUGGCUGCGGAGGACCCAAUGCUCUUUUUAAAGAUGCCUGGCUGCUGCACAUGAACACAAAUCCCUGGACCUGGCAGCAACUGAAAGUGGAAAACGAGGAUCAUGGAGCCCCAGAACUGUGGUGCCACCCAGCCUGUAGGGUGGGUCAGUGUGUGGUGGUGUUCAGUCAGGCACCCAGUGGUCGCGCUCCUCUUAGUCCAAGCUUGAAUUCCCGUCCUUCACCAAUCAGUGCAACUCCACCUUCCCUGGCGCCUGAGACUAGAGAGUACAGAUCACACUCCCCUGUCCGUGCAUCCGAUGAAGCCCCUUGUGUAAAUGGACGCUGGGGGACCCUCAGACCCCGACCUCCGAGGCACACUGGAGGUGGGUCCCGUGAAGGAAGCCUUUCUCCAGGUAGGGGUGAUGGCCUAUCACCUGUCCUUAAUGGGGGCAGUGUGUCUCCCGCUGCAGCUUUGGACAGCCCCCUGCAGGUCAUUUCCCCCCCUGCCGCUGAGAGCUGUGAGCAUAAGGCACCUCCCCUGCCUCCUGCCCGUCGAGGAUCCCUUCCAGAGCAAAAGGAUUUAUGUCUCAGUGCAGAAGAAUGCACAUGGAAAAGGGGGGAUUUAGAUAUGGACCCUACAAGUAGAAACCUGCCUGAACAGACAAAUGGAGUCCACACUCCCCCGCACAUUACUUCCACGUUUUCUGGAGCCGUGUCGCCUGGAGCUCUUCGUCGGGGACUGGAAGCUGUUCGAGCCUUUGUAACUUCCGCACCUUCUUCCUCUUCAUCACAUGGGGGAACUAACCCCGCCAGCCCGCCUACCCUCACCUCCCCUGGUUCUCCCAGCAGCGGCUCUGAAGCAGCCUCAACACGUCCAGUCCCGGCCCAAAGUGAUGGCCACUCCUUGCCCCCUAUCGCCCGUCGUCUAGGACAUCACCCUCCUCAGUCGCUCAACGUGGGGAAGCCCUUAUAUCAGAACGUGAACUGCAAGCCUAUGCAGAUGUAUGCCUUGGACAUUCAGGGAACCCGGGAAUGGGGUCGUGUAAAAUGGAAGAUUUUCAGCAACAGCUCUGUGGUGGGACCCCCCGAAACCAGUCUACAUACUGUUGUGCAGGGUCGAGGGGAGCUUAUCAUUUUUGGUGGUCUCAUGGACAAAAAACAGAACGUGAAAUAUUACCCCAAAACCAACGCCUUGUAUUUUGUAGGAGCUAAGAGAUAAUGUGGACGUCAGAGACUGUUACCUGGGGAUGUCCCCCACCCAACUCCCUUUUUACACUAUUUGACCCCUUGUGAUAUGGUCCCUUAGAUCUUGGAUAGGAGUCAGUGCAUAAAAUAGGGCCUUGGGGUUGAGGUGACAGUCGUGUCUCUCCCUGCCCCCCUCCUGAUAUGACACCUCUCUGCUAUGGGCUCCUGCAACACCUGUGUAAAGCUUCUUAGUCAGUGCUGCAAUCUAUUAUAUCGGAGGGUUUGGACGGGCUCAAAAGUGGGGUGGUCACCGGGCUGCUGGGAGUCCCAGUCCUGAUAUACAUAACUGACCCGUGGCUAUCCACUUUCCUAUUAGUAAUGGUUGCUACAAUCCACCCCUUAAGCUGUAAGAGUGGCUGCAACUCUCUGGUGAUUUUAAAACUUCAGCACCCAUCUUCCCCUGGCAUGCAGGUCGCUGGAUGGGUGCAGGGUGUGAGAGGAAUGUUCUAUUUUGCAAGAUUUACAUUUAAAUAAAGCCAAAUUCACAGAACGAGCUGAGGAUUUCCCUGCAGGAGCCUCUCUGAGGGGUUGUCUUGUGUGUUGGGUCUGUACAGGAAUACGAGAUGGAUUUUAUCCAGUGGGGACCUGAUGCCGCAGUGAUUCGCACACCGCUCUGUAUACUAGUCCUAAAGCAAACCCGCCAUAUACUGAUAGAGCAGAGGCCACAGUCCCAGAGACUUCUUUCACAUUGUGACCAGAUGGUUGUAUAUGCCGGGAAAGGUCCAGACACAUACAUAAAACAGAUACAGAGGCUAAAAGUGCCAUUUUGGCCUCCGUUCUAUCACUGCAUGUAGGGGUUACUGGUUUUUGCUGCAUGAAAUAGCGCAGCAGACUG